CUCUCUCUCUCUCUAUCUUCCACCAAGGCACCAACUUUCGUUACCUUUCUCGUCUCCUCUCCCUUAAUUUGCUCCUCAAUCCUUUCUUUUCCUUCCUUCCUUCCCUCCUUCCUUAUUACGCCCGCAACUUAAUUCUCUCUAUUGUUUACUUUCUCUUUCUCUCUGUUAGGGUUUUAUUUUCUUUUCGUUUUUGUUUCUGUUCUAAUCAUAACAAAAGCUAUGUCGAAGAAGAGGAAAUCCGAUGCUUCGCGCCUGGACGAGGUGGAGCGGAGCAUGUACACCACCUUCUGCAGCGCGGCUAACUCGCUUUCGCAGCUUUACUCGCAGGCCAUGAACCACCAGCGCCUCUCCUUCCAGGCCGGUGAACGUCACGCGCUGGAGAAACUUUUUCAAUGGAUUUUGAGGCAGCAAGAAGAAGGAUCCAGGGUAACAACAGCUGAUAUAGUUGCUUAUUUGCAGAAUGGGCUUGAGUAUGGAGCAGAGGAGUGUCAGCACCAGCACCCUCAAACUGUAACAUUUCAGCACCAGCACCCUCAAACUGUAACACAAGUGAACAGUUUAAGUGCUCCUUUUUCUACUAACCCAAUUUCACCAGCAGCAAUGGUGCAAGGAGCUCGUUCUGGGGAUUACCAAGCAAAGAACUCUGUCUUCUCAAAUGCACUCUCCAGCCCUGUUCGUCGGAGCCUUCAGCACUUCCACUCAGCCCAGGGUGGUUAUCAUUCAAAUAAUGUUCUGUCUUCUGCCAAUGGACCUCGGAAGAAUGAGAACAACCACACUCACCAACAAAAUAGGGAACCCAAUUCCCCAAGCGCUAACGAUUGCAUGGACAUGCAUGCUGAUAGUCCAGGCCAUGAUUUUCAUUUCUGAAAUCUCUCUCUGGUCAUUGUAUUUUUAUUUUAUAGUUUUUUUUUUCUGGUAAAAGUUGCUGUAAGGCUAGGAAUCUCAAAAUUCUCGGCAAGUGCAAGUUCAAUGUUUAUGUAUUAUUAUAUUAAAUUUCCAAAUACUGGCUGUCUAGCCGGGGCAUAUCUAGCCCAAUGUAACAAGAAACAACCUUUGAAAGUUUACAUGGUAGCGUGUCAGGUUUACUAAUUUA